AACGUAAACAAACCGCUCACCGAAAAGAAACACGUUUUUCGGCUGGAACAGAAAUGGGCAACAAAUCGCUGCGUUUGGAGGUUUCCAAGCUUCGUACCUUGGUCAAAAAGACUCGCACCAACAUCAUCCGGAAGCUGCUGCGAGAUCGCAAACUAUGGGCAGGCAAAGUGGAAGCGAACAGCACUAAUCGCCGGGCUAGCAAGAAACUGGAGGCCACCGAUGCCCUCUCGAAGCACAUUAAAACGCUACCUACAUCUCAACUGGUGAAGGAUGUAAUACGGUUCCAGCUACGGAAGGAUGCGGCUGGCGGAGAACAGCAACUGGCGGCGGUGGCCGAUCGAGCAAUCGCCCGGUUUUAUGCGGAAUCGAAAGUGGUCGCCAGUGUUCGCGUACUGGUGGAUCGGUUUGAGCUGCAGAAGAAUGACACCCUUAUCGAUAUGGCCGUAAAGGAUGGACAGAAAGAGGCAAAGGAUGCACCGGCCGCAACUAAAGAGCGCAAAAAGAAAAAGAAAACCAAACCGAAAGGUGCCAAGGGUGGCAAAUCGGCGCCAAAAGUGGAUAAAAGCGGAAAACAAAAAGCAACCAAGAAAGGCAAGGAAAAACCGAAGGAUAAGGACGAGGACGAGGAAGAGCUAAGUGAUACGCAUGAUAACGAUGAGCUAAGUGAUGUUAGUGUUUCUAUGAGCGAAGACGACGAGUCGAUCUUCGAUGACGAUGAGGACGAGAAAGAUGAAACACCUUCAAAGCCAACUAAGAAUGCUUCCGAACCUAAACCGAAACCAGCGGAGAAGGAAAAGAAAAGGAAAGAACCGAAAAUGAAAUUGAAAAUGCCAGCGAACCUGAAACCACCGGAGGACGAUGAUGAGGAGGAAGGUUGCUUGAUGGUUAAAGAUAGUUUCUUCGUGACGGAAUCGGGCACUAAUUACGUGGCGGUUGCUCCGGUGUUAAAGAAAUCCGAAGAAGGCGAUUCAGAUGAGGAUAACGAGGACGAGGAAGAAGAGGAAAGCUGGAAGUUCUCCGUAAAGCGAAGAAAGAAACAGGAACAACGGAAUGCCGCACAAGGUAAAGUGCCAGGCGGAGCUAAUCCUAGUCGAAAUGGAAUGUUUGAAUCAAACAAACGAUCCGUCGCAUCUUCUAACGAACCGGUGAAACGGUUUCGACGCGAUUCCGGGCCAACCGAACCAGACCCAGGGUUGCAUCCUUCCUGGGCGGCCAAGCAAAGACAGAAAGCCAUCAUACCAUUCGCUGGCAAGAAAGUAGUAUUCGAUGACGCAGGUGGCCAAACGGCGACAUCGGAACCAGCUAAAGCUAAGGAAGAUCUACAUCCAUCGUGGGCCGCCAAACAAGCUCAGAAAGGAAUCAAACCGUUCGCAGGCAAGAAAGUGGUUUUCGAUGAUGGCGAAAGCAGUACCGCAACGGCCGCGAAAUCAUCGUCAGCAAAUGAUCUACAUCCUUCUUGGGCUGCCAAACAAGCUCAGAAAGGCAUCAAGCCAUUCGCUGGUAAAAAAAUUGUUUUCGAUGGUGAAGAUUCAAAUGCAACGAGCAAUCUGCAUCCUUCGUGGGCGGCCAAGCAAGCUCAGAAAGGAAUUAAACCAUUCGCAGGCAAGAAAAAGAUAUUCGGUGAUAAUGAAGGCGGUGAAGGCAAUCGGCACCAAGAGCGGAAGGGUGCUGAAAACACAACCAACACCGAAGGACUCCAUCCAUCAUGGGCCGCCAAACAGGCGCAAAAAGGUUUGAAACCAUUUGCCGGUAAAAAGAUAACAUUCGGUGACGAUGAAGCGCCGGUGAGUGCUAAUCGGUCGAAUAGCGGAUUUCGUGCGGCGACAAAGCCUCAGCCAACUGCGAUUAGCAGCGAUCUGCAUCCAUCGUGGGCUGCCAAGCAAGCGCAAAAGGGCAUCAAACAGUUUGAGGGAAAGAAAAUCAGUUUUGAUGAUUAAUACACGUAC